GCUCGUUGAUCAUAGUCUAGCAUUGAAUCAACGAAUGACAAAAGACUGGAAGCCCAUUGGGGGUUGUCUAAAGUUUUAGAGAAUCCCGAAUCAAGCCCCCGAAUUAGGUGCUCUGCCUAAUUGGGAUAGCUAGCGUCAUCGAUCUUUGGCGCGUGGGUCCGGGCUGGAAAGACGGCACGGUAGCUUGUAUUUCGGCUGCGAACGCCCUGAAUAUUUUACUCAUCUUGCCCGACCUCGCUCUACUAAACCCCCUUAUCUCCCAAUUAUUCCGCUAAAUUUCGCAAUUUAAUCAUACUAUGUUUAUGUAGGACUAGUUGGAUUGGUAGAUUUUGCGGCGCUCUCGGGCGAUUCUGAGUCACAGCCCAAUGUCUUCUUCUAAUGGGUACGGCGCCCUGCCUCAUAACUCCCGGCCGAGCGCCAAUGGCGAUGAGGAGCAGCAACCUUUACUGCAUGGCAGCAACAAUCAAAUGUCUAAAACGACAAGAUGGCGGAAAAAUAUGACGGCAGAUGUGCGCCGCGAUUGGGCUGAUUUAGUCCUGCUCGCCUGCUACAUCAUCACCGGUCUCCUCGACAGCGCGUCCAUCUCAACCUGGGGUUCUUUCGUAUCGAUGCAGACAGGCAACACCGUGUAUUUCGGCCUUGGGAUUACCGCGCCUCAUGAAUCUACACGGUGGAUCAAAUCCGGAACGUCUCUAGGUUGCUUCUGCAUCGGGUCGGUAUUCUUCUCCGCCCUCCACCGAGUUCCUUCCCCGUCACCAAAACGGCGCUGGAUUCUCUGUACCUCGUUCACGCUGCAGAUGCUGCUCAUCGCAGCUGCCGCCGCCAUUAUCACUUUCGGCCCGGACGCCGCUGAAGGUGUCGAUCCCAAGGAGUCUAUUGACUGGCCGGUGCUAGCGCCUAUCGCGUUGGUCGCCUUCCAGAGCUGCGGGCAAGCUGUCGCAAGUAGAGCGCUUAAGUACAAUGCGCUGACGAGCGUUGUGCUUACGAGUAAUUACUGCGACCUGUUCUCUGACGCGGAGUUGCUGGCGCUGCGGAAUCCAGAGCGAAAUCGAAGAGUCGGGGCACCGACACUGCUCCUUAUCGGUGCGGUGCUGGGCGGAGUGCUAGCUAGGAGUAGUGUCGGUGCCGCGGGGGUACUAUGGAUUGCGGCCGUCAUGAAACUGCUCGUCGUUAUCUCCUGGCUGCUUUGGCCGGCGGAGAAGGAAUAGGUGUGUAUGCUACCUGCGCAUACGGAACUGUCUAGUUAGACCUAGAAAUGUUCACCAGCCGACUCCAAUUCCCGGAGUUUGGUGGCGAAUAAAUAUGAAAUAACAACAUUACCACUGGUGUAACGUCAUCCCCGAGCCACUGGGCCAUGUGUAGCCGCAAUUCAUCGU